AUGUCUCCUCAGGCCGGGCACCUGCCUGUUCAGAGGCUCAAGCUGGCCAAUUUCCCGGAGCACCCCACAGCUCUGCCUAAGAAAUUAAUUGUAAAAAUAAUAUCUCUCCUUUCAGUUGUGUUGAUUGGAGACUCUGGAGUUGGGAAAAGUAAUCUUCUGUCACGUUUCACACGCAAUGAGUUCAAUCUGGAAAGUAAGAGCACCAUUGGGGUGGAAUUUGCCACCAGGAGCAUCCAGGUGGAUGGGAAGACGAUAAAAGCCCAGAUCUGGGAUACUGCAGGCCAGGAGCGAUACCGCGCCAUUACCUCAGCAUAUUACCGUGGUGCUGUUGGGGCUCUGCUUGUCUAUGACAUUGCCAAACACCUCACCUAUGAAAAUGUGGAGCGCUGGCUGAAGGAGCUGCGAGACCACGCUGACAACAACAUCGUGAUCAUGCUGGUGGGCAACAAGAGCGACUUGCGCCACCUCCGGGCCGUGCCCACUGACGAGGCCAGGGCCUUCGCAGAAAAAAAUAACUUAUCUUUUAUUGAAACGUCUGCUCUGGAUUCAACAAAUGUAGAAGAAGCCUUCAAAAACAUCCUUACAGAAAUCUACCGCAUCGUGUCGCAGAAGCAAAUUGCCGACCGGUCUGCGCACGAUGAGUCUCCUGGCAACAACGUUGUUGACAUCAGCGUCCCACCAACCACCGAUGGACAGAAAUCCAACAAACUCCAGUGCUGUCAGAACCUGUGACCUUCUCUAGAUGACUCUUGUGCCCUCCACUUUGUCUGUGCUUCAUUUAGAAACUUGUGUGCACUUCCUAUCUCCUGUGAUUCAGUGACUCCCUCCUCCUUCCUUUAUUCCAUUCCCAAAUCUCCCCUCUCAUACUAGAGCUUUAACUGUAGGGCUAACAUCCCCCUGCCUCUGAAACCCCUUCCAUGUGGUGACUUCUGGGCUUGAAAUGUAGUCACUGAUCUGAUAGACAUGUUUGUGUUGGAACAUCUGCUGCUGGAUAUUAUCCCAUGAAACACUCUUAUCAAAUAGGCUUGUUUUGGUUUUACUAGGUUUUUUAUUUAGUUUGGUUUUGUUGUUGUUGCUUUCUGGGAGGGGAACAAUGGGACUUGACUCUACCAGUUGAAGAAAUAACUACAUUUAGGCAACAAGGUUUUUUCCUCCCAUAGUCAGAUAUCUUUUUUCUUGUGUUUCUGUAAACAUGGGGGAGAAAUUAAACUAGCUAUCCUGCCAAAUGCUCUGUUUUCUGUUCUGAUGAAGUCUCACAGUGAGGAUUUAGUGGCUGCACACACAUAAGAAAGCUGUUGAAAAUAACCUUACUUAUUCAGUAAUUACCCCUAAUACAGUUAGUCUGGCUAUGUAGUUUACUGUUUCCUGCUUGGGAAAUCUUUCUCUAUUCUUGUUUUAUUUGGGAACAAUAAAAUAUGUCUGCAUUGCUUUCUCUGCCACCAUGAGUGCUUUUGCAGGCUUUAUGAAGUGGCGUAAAACUUAUUCAUGACUUAUGUUAAUCAGUUAACAUUAUUGUACAGUAAGUGCCAGUGUAUUGAUUUCAGAACCCUUUUGCAGCCGGUACAAGUAGGCUUCUUUUGUACUGUAGGUCAGUGUCUGAAAGCAGGAUCUGCUCUAGUUCCUGGUUUGUUUUUUUUUUUUUUUGCAUGCUGCUUUUUCUAGAUCGCUCCUGCCCCUGUCUGAGUGAGUGAGGCAAUAUUUUCAUGUCACAUAUAUACCUGCACUUGUAAGGGUUUUGGUUGUUGUAGAGAAACACAAUACUUUAUAUAUUUUGUAAAACUUCUGCAGAUCCAUAGUAUCUGGAACUUUCUCUUCAUGAUCUUUCACUAUUGACCUCUACUAAAAUGCAUAAUAUUAGGAUUUCACACAAUAACUACUAACCUGUUGCUUUCUUACCGUUUUACUGAACUGCAGACUGCAAUUCUUAAAUGAUUGUAAUUCACUGAUGUAACAGAUUUGUCAUCAGCAGGGCUAACUACUCUAAUUCUUUGUUGUGCUGAAUGGGAAGAAUGUUACCACAACUUUGCGUAGUCAGUCUCUUGCUUGCUUGUGCAAAUCUCUGAUGGCUUUUCAUCACUCACUUGCUCUUGCACACUUGUAUCCCCUCUGGUUUCCACUGAAUGUUCUGAUGGCAAAUACUGGGUGAGACAAGCUAAAGGAAGAGCUGGAGACUAUCUGCUGCUCCCUGAACGCUUGUGGAGCCACUUGCAGUGAGUUUUUGCUCUGUAUUCCGAGCCUGUACCUCACUGGAUGAGUCCCAGCUGCAUAUUAGUGAGUUUGAUUUUUCUUUACUGAUACAAAGCAAAUACGAAAUUGAAUUGUGCUUGAAGAGGAAAGUCUGACAUUCCAGCCUCAACUGUUCUGUCUGGUUAUGUAAUAAAAUUAAGGGCAGUUAACUCUGAUGGUUUUUCUUUUAUAAGAUUUCCAGACCAAUGCCUUUAAUUUUGUACAGUAUGCACUGAGAGGCCUCCAGCUCACAGCAAGGAUGGGUGUGGUGUCUGUCACUUCCACUCUUCAGCUUUGUUUAGGGGUUACAUUCAUGGUUAAAGGGUGCAUGCUUGCAGCCUAAUCCCAUUGAAUGAGGGCAUGAAUUCCUCUUUAGGCAUCACAGGGCUCUGUCCUAGGGGUGUUCCAGUUCAGGAAGCACUUUUAACACAUGGUGUUUACUUCACUAGCAUUCUGUUGAGAGAAGGUGAGAACUGAGAUGUCAUAAUGUGCCAUCAGUGUUCAGACAGCUGACAAUGAGAGAACGGAAAAUUCUGAAAUACUGAAAAUAUUUCAUUUGAGAACAAAUGGACACUAGUGGAGCUGGGCUCCUUCAUUUUUGAACAAACUAUAUAAAGAAAUCAGUUGGAUAACAUGAGGAAUUGUACUUUUAAAAAGAUUUAUUAGUUCAGGGUGGUGUAUUAACAUGCUUAAUCUGCAAGUCCUGUUCUUAACAUGAAGUUUCUAGAAUCAGUCUGGCCUGGUGUAAGAAGCCAAGAAGCAGUUUAGUCACUUGCUUGUCUCUUGAAAGAUUUUCUUUAGUCUUUGACUUUGUGGAAGGCUCUAAACAUUGUAGUGAAAGGUCAGUGUCUAGGGCUUAAGUGCUGUUAAAUUUAUGGGUAUUGAAGAACUCUUGAACAAUUCCAUUGUCCAAAGCCCCCUCAGCACCAGUGGACCUUGGACAACUCUGUUGUGGUUGAGAUGUGUUGUGUGACUGGGAAAUGCCUCUUAGCCUUUGCUGGGGGCACCCAGGAUGGAGGAGUUGUGUGUACGCACGUGUGCACCCAUGUAGCUGCUGAGAGCACUGGGAACAGGGUGGGGUUUUAAUCUGCUGUGGUCCCUCAGUAUGAGACAAGGUUCUUCCCCAGGCUGCUGUGCUGCUUUCCAGGCAGAGCUACAGCCCUUCUGUGGAUCUGAGGUGCUCCUGCCCAGACUAAGCAUAGGGCUGUUUGUUACAAUAGAUAAAGGACAGUGGACCAGUUCUGCCAGGUUAGGCCAUCUUCCUGUGCAGAGACUGGGAAAAUGCUUCUGAUCUGGGGUUCCUGGUGUCCUUAUGAAGCAUUGUGCACUCCUUAGAAGCUGCAUCUACAAACCAGCCCACUACUAUGCUGGAAUUGCUGAGGGGGAAGACUUGGAGGAAUCCUGAGGAAGCUGGAAAUGCUGAAGAGCUGUCUGACAUUCAGAGAAGCUCUCCAGUAGCCCAGACUCCUUAUGCAUGCUUUCCUGAUGUGUAAAUUACAGACCACAUGUAACCUCAACUAGACUACUUCAUCCCACAGCUUUGCUGGCUGUGUGUUGCUCAGUAUUACUGUCAGGAAAAAAAAAAUGGUUACAGCUCUCUUCCAUCUGCCCCAAGGGAUUUGAGGGCUGAAUUUGGCUUUUGUAAAACUCUUGAUAACAGGAAAGCUGCCUGUGAAAAGAAGGAAUGUGUGCUCUGCUUGCUUUACUUGGACGUUGAGGCUGACUUCCCUUUAAACUAUUGAAAACACUGCAAGGCCCUGAGUGCUGCCACCUGUGUCAGUAACGCAAACAUUAGAUGAUGUCUAGAACAGGUCCCUUAAUGCAGAAUUAGGCAAGGAGUCUGUCAUUGCUGCCUCUCCUCUUACUGAUGGGGAGGGUGAAGGCCAAAAUGUGUACAUAAAAGUGACUUGGUCCUGAGCACACAAAUGGCUAAUUGGUAAAAUAAAGUUAGUCUGGAUCUUCACUGGAACCUGCACAGAACAAGGAAGUUUGGUUUGUAGGAAAGUUUUGAAGCACCAUACUUGUAUGAAUGUAAAAAUCCAGUUGAUGGGUGACUGCUUGCUACUGUGUUAAAAAUAUUUCCAUGUGUGCUGUGGAGGCCAUCUAGAUUUGGUAGAAGAAAGGCGGUUUGGUGCCUUCCUGGCCCUGUAGCAGGUUUAGAGGCAGUAGAAAGAUGGAUCCCAGAGAUGCCCCCAUUUGGGUGCUGUUCUGUGACUCCCUGGUGACCAGGGCCUCUUGUGUGAGCACAGAGCUCUUGGCUGGGUGUGGUAAGGGUUGGGCUGAGCUGUUAUUUCAAUCAGUUACUUAAUAAAAGCUGUUGGAAAAAUGUACAGGAGGUAUUUUUCCUCCUGGUGCUUUGAUCCCUGUAUGCUGUAUUGCCCCAGAAGGUGGAAGUGGGACCUGUUUCUGGCUGAGUCUGAGGCUUGGUGAUCAUUUCACUUCCAAGCUGAAGGAAGAACUUGCUUAGAGGUUCUUUUGGACUCUGUAGAAGGAAAGAAGAUUCCAAUGAAGCAGCUCAGUCACUUAGGGAAGAUUUUUUCUCCAUGAAAAACUAGAACAGUGUUAAAGGUAGGGGCCUGCGUUUCAGCUAAGGAAAAUAAGACAAUUGGAGGUGAAGAGUAAUUGUCCUUCAAGUAAAGCACAGUAAGUGGGAGAUGAAGGAUAGAUUAUCUUCACUUGCAGACUCUUAAAUGUUGUUGGUGAUUUAUGGAAUGUUUCCAUGGAAUGAGUAUCUCCAGGGCUGUACUGUUUCAAUAAAUAACAGCAAUUCCUAUUUUACACUGGUCAGAUAAUGCAUGGUAGUGUUGACUAUCAGGCUUUGUAGGCUAUAAGUAGUAGUGGGCUUUUAUGUAAUCCAGAAGAGAGGUUCCUUUCAUUUACUUUUAUUCCUGGUUCCUGUGUUAAGUGCAAUUCACUUUGUAAAUAAACACAUCACUCGAUUUUUGUGCAUGGUUGUGAUGUAUUGUGGAUAUAAAGAUUUCCAAAUCAUA